UAUGUUUAUGGUAAUCAUUCAAAGCGGUGUUUUUCGUGUAAACAACAUUUAGUAAAAAUUAAAGGAAAAUGGCCUCAAAUAAUAUGCCGGAGGAGAGUUUUGAAGGCGGUGAUUUUAACUUUGAUGACGAUGCGGAUGAUGACCAGUUUGUGUCCACGAAUUCGGGACGAAAGCGACUUUUCAGCAAGGAGCUGCGUUGCAUGAUGUUUGGUUUUGGAGACGAUAAAAAUCCGUACACCGAAACCGUAGAUCUGCUGGAGGAUCUGGUCAUAGAAUAUAUAGCGGAGACCACACACCGGGCUAUGGAAAUCGGGCGAACAGGUCGUGUUCAAGUGGAGGACAUUAUCUUCCUGGUUCGCAAGGAUCAACGCAAAUACGCCAGGGUCAAGGACUUGCUGACAAUGAACGAGGAGCUCAAAAAGGCGCGCAAGGCCUUCGAUGAGAUCAAGUAUGUGGGCACCGAGGGCAAGCUGAAAUGACAGCGGCUCAAAAAAGCACCGCCAAAUCCAGGAACAAGCCAAUCCUAGUAGUAAGCUUCAGCAAACGAACUGUUCUAAAUGUUUUAAUACUUUAAGCUAGCCCUUAAUAAACUAAUCAAAAUAGUC